AUGUCCGAAGUUCACCGAGACGACAGUCCCGAGACCAAGCGGAGAAAGGUUCGCAAAGGUACACAAAGCUGUUGGGAUUGUAAGCGACGCAAAGUGCGCUGCAUUUUCUCCUCGUCUACCGAUAGUAUUUGCAGUAAUUGUCGGAGAAGAAGAAAGCCAUGCAUCAGCCAGGAGAUACCAGAUGGCCUCGUGCCGCCCAUCACCGAGAACCUGGUGGAGGCUCGACUUGAUCGGCUGGAAAAGCUUAUUGAGCUAGCAAUGACCCAAAAUGGCACUGCUGAUGCUCACGAUCAGCUAUAUGAGGAGACAUCUAAGCUUCGCUCUGCUCUUGCUCCCGUAGGAACUCCCCAAACUCCUACGCAAAAGGAGACGCCGAGCCAACAAAAUACAGUAAGAGACCAAAACCUCCACAGAUUAUCUUCGGGCCAAAGACAAUUAUUGCCUGCUCCGUCAAUCCCACGCAGACAGAUUGUCAAUAAAUGGGAGGCUUUGACCCGCGAACUUCUCGCAGUAUGGCCCAGUCAAGAAGAUCUUGCGAAUUUAUGCACCCUUCCCAGCGGCCCUACAAUGCGUCUCAACUGUGGCAUAUUCACUUCAUGUCCUGUUAUGUCAGGCGCUGACCUGCCAACGCCCCAACAGCUUUUCAUAUUACCCCCACUCGGCUCUCAUCCCAUACUCAUCGCCCGUAAAUUCCUGUUGCUUGGAACAUUCAUUCACGGGAUUCCACUGUCUCAUGUACGGAAAUUGGGCAAUCGAGGCGCCUACUAUCUCGAAAUGAUGGACCAACUGGUGGAAAAAGCCACUAGACUCGUGACAACCAAUGAUGAACUUAUUUGCUCCGUCGAGGCAAUCGAAUGUAUAAUGAUGGAAGCAAUAUACCAGAAUCAUGCGGGUAACCUUCAUCGCUCCUGGAUGGCUGUGCGUCGAGCUACUGCGGUCGCUCAAAUGAUGGCCAUAAACCGAGGGUUUGAUUCACCCUCCUUGAAGUUUCUCGACCCUGCUACUCGAGCAAUAUUUGAUCCAGAUCGAAUCUGUUUUCGCCUGGUUCAGAUGGAUCGAUAUCUUUCUAUCAUGCUAGGUUUACCACCUACCUCCAUCAAAACUCAAUUCGCUACAACCAAGGCUCUAGAAGAAUGUAGCCCCAUGGAACGCCUGGAGCGCGUCCACUGUGUCGUUGCAGAUAACAUACUGCGGCGAUCUGAGUCCGAUCUGAAUGAUCUCGCCAAGCUCCACGAGACUGAUAGAUUGUUACAAAGGGUGGCCUCAGAUCUGCCUUCUCAAUGGUGGCUACCCAGCUUUAUAACAGACAAUAGCGAUGACGCGAAAGUACUUGAAGAUACCGUUCGUGUCAUGAAUCAGUUCGCACAUUAUCAUGUUCUGGUCCGAUUACAUCUGCCAUAUAUGCUGCGAUCAUCGACAGAUCAUAGGUACGACCAUAGCAAAGUAACAGCUGUCAAUGCUAGCCGGGAGAUUCUAUCUCGCUACUUAGCAUUUCGAACCUCCAGUCCUGUCCACUUUUACUGUCGCGGCGACGAAUUCAUUGCCUUCAUCUCUAUUAUUGUUAUGUGCAUCGCCCAUAUGAGCGCCGGCAAGCAGCUCAAUAAGUCUACCGAAGUGCCAAACGAUGGCACCGUCUUCAAUUUUCUCGCUCACAGUCGCCCUAGCGAUCGUGGAAUGAUGGAGCGUACCCUUGAAAUCAUCGAUUCGACGGCUCGACAUAGUUCAGACAAGAUCACCUCUAAGCUUGGUCGAAUAAUUAAUCAUCUACUGACUAUUGAGGCUAAUGCUGCCAGCGGCACUAUGUACAAUACAAGCUCCUCUCAGGGCAAUGAUGGGGAGCUUGAGUGUGAUGGAAAUUUGACAGACGGUGGCAAGGCACUUAACAUCUACAUUCCAUACUUCGGCAAGAUCAAUUUUGAAUCUCUGUCUUUGAAGAAGUCGGAUUCUGCGUCGUUAGCGCACCCUGGCACGGAACUUCCACCCGACCCGUCUGCGAACUUACCACGUCCAAACCAACCAGUCCAUUCCAGCGGUAGUAAACGUGAACUUGAAAGUCAAAAUACAGAGGCAUUGCAGUUUGAUCAACUACAUUCUACUGUCAUGAAUGAAUUGCCAGUUUGGAAUGAUAACAAUCUCCAGUCCGAUCAAAUGUACGAGCAAAUGAACAUUUCUGAAACAGGGGAAGAUUGGGAUCUGCAGGGUAUCGACACAGCCCUUUUCGACAGUCUCUUUCGCGGAGCAGACAUGACAUCUCUAGAUACUGAAGAAUUCUGGACGCAGUGGGCAAUAUAG